AUGGCCGCCGCCACCAACACCAACAUCGAUAUGAACGUCACCGAUGCAGUCGGGAUCGGGCAGCCUGAGCGUCAGCCGGGGCCCACAGGGUCUAUUCACCGCGACAAGGAUGAGGCAGACGAGACCGCCCCAUCGGAAACUCUACCUCAGGAAUCAGUGGACUUGCAAUCCUCGAAUUUCGGAUACGAAUACGAGUGCGUGGUCGUAGGCUCAGGCCAUGCAGGGAGCUGCGCGGCGUUGUCUGCGAUUGAUGCCGGAUGUACGAAAGUACUCAUGAUCGACAAAUGCCCAGAAGAGUGGGCAGGCGGGAACGGAUACUUUACGGAAGGUGCGCACCGGACGGUCCACAGCGGACUGCACGACUUGCUGCCCCUGCUGGAGACACCACUUCCGGCCGCGGAGAUGGAACGCAUCGAUAUAGAGCCUUACACCACCGACGCGUUUGCAGAGGAUAUCCAACGUCUUGGAGGCGGAAGAGCUGAUCCAGACAUGGUCAGGGGCGUGGUGGAGAAGUCGAGAGAGGCGGUAGGGUGGCUGAGAGAACGGAUUGGCGCGCCGUUCUCCCUAUCGUUCAAUCGCCAGGCGUACGAGGUGGAUGGGAGAAUGAUUUUUUGGGGUGGGAUGUCGUUGAGUAUGAUCGGUGGUGGGAAAAGUUUGAUCGCAAAGCAUCGGGAGGCUUUAAAGCAGGACGGGGUGGAGGUGUGGUUUGAGGCGCGCGCGAUAGAGCUCUUGAUGGAUGGCGAAGAGAUAUGUGGCGUCGUUGUGGAGAGAGCGGGAAAGAAGACGCGCGUAAUGGCUCGUUCGGUCGUGCUUGCGGCUGGUGGGUUCGAAGCAAACGCUGAAAAACGUAUCAAGCACCUCGGAAGAAACUGGGAGCAAGCCCACGUCAGAGGAACGCCCUACAACACAGGCGAUGGAUUCGAACUUGCUCGUGCCGUCGGCGCGAAAUGUGCUGGUGAUUGGGGCGGAUGCCAUAGCACGGCUUGGGAUGCAAACGCCCCACGCUGGGGAGAAAGGGUUCGGACGAACACCUAUACAAAGUCUGGAUAUCCCCUCGGGUUGAUGAUCAACUUGGUCGGACGCCGUUUUGUGGAUGAAGGAGAAGAUUUUCGAAACUUUACGUAUGCCAAGUUCGGGAGGGCGAUUCUUGAGCAACCUGGUGGGUACGCGUUCCAAGUUUGGGAUGCAAAGGUCACCAGCCGCCUGAGAAAAGAGGAGUACGGGGAAGAUGUUGUGGAGAAAAUUUGGGCGCAAGGCAUCGAAGAGCUAGCUGAAAAGCUCGUUGGCCGGGGACUGGAGGAUCGACAACAGUUUGUGGACACACUGCACGCCUACAAUGACGCAACAAAGGGAAACUUGGACGGCUGGAACCCUGCCGUGAAAGAUGGACUGCGCACCCACAUGCCAUUGGAGGUGCCCAAGACUAAUUGGGCUUUGCCGCUUGACUCUCCACCGUUUAUGGCGGUGAAGGUGACUUGUGGUAUCACGUUCACAUUUGGAGGACUUGCAAUUGACCCGCAGACGGCUGCGGUGCUCUCUGCUGCGACGAACAAGGCAAUACCGGGGCUGUUCUGCACGGGCGAGAUGGUUGGAGGGGUGUUUUAUGGGAAUUACCCUGGGGGAAGCGGGCUGACUGCCGGCGCAGUGUUUGGACGCAAGGCAGGAAUGGGAGCCGGCGCACGUCUGCGUAACUGUAAAUAG